AUGGAAUCGUCAGGGUUUUACUCGGUUAAGAGUGCUUAUAAACAUCUUCAAUCGAGUAGAGGAAAUUGGCUUUAUUUGGAAGAUAAUAACUGCUGGAAAAAGUUGUGGCAAUUGGCUGUCCCUCCUAAGGUUCGUCAUUUCUUGUGGCGAGCAUGUUCUGGUAGUCUUCCAACGAAGGUUCAGCUCCAAACGAAGCAUAUCAAUGUCGAUCUUUUUUGCUCUUUCUGGAAUCAAGUUGAUGUAGUGGUGGACGCUGCUAUGAUCAGUGGGAGUAUUUGGAAAACUCGCAACGAGUUGCUAUGGCAGAAGAAGAAUCGAGCAGCUUUGGAUGUUGUGAAGUCGGCUAGAUCAGUCCUUGCAACUUGGAAGAUUACAAACUUUGAGUCGCCUCAUGCUUAUUUUGCUACGGGUGAUGUUACUAAUAGCAAUAUUUGGGCUAAACCAGAUCAUGAUACUGCCAAGCUCGGAAUAGCAAAUGGUACUCUUAUUGAAGAUGUUUCAGGGAGUAGGUUGGGCUGUGUGCUUCCUGAAAUUGUUGAGGUAAUUGGUAUCAAGGAAGCGUUGAGUUGGAUCAAGGGUAAAGGUUGGGAUAAGGUGGUUUUUGAAUCUGAUGCUUUAGUUGUUGUCCAAGCAAUAACUAGUAUACUUCAUAUGCCAUCUCAGUUUGAUUUGUUAGUGGAAGACUGUCGUUUAAUUUUAUCUACUUUAAAUAAUGUCCAAAUUUAUUUUGUUAAUCCUUCUGCUAAUAGGGCCGCAUAUUGUGUUGCUAGGGGGUCUUGUUUUUCGUCAGAUCGUACCUUCUAUGAGCAUAAUGUUCCUUCUUCUUUACGAGAUAUUAUAAUUGCGGAUGUAAAUUGA